UCAGAGCCGCACGGCUGCGAGGAAAAUGAGCGUGGGCCCUUCAGUUAGAGUCGGGUCGUGACGCUGAAUUGAGCCCGGUGUCAGAUUUGUAUCUGAAUUAGCACUGGGAGGACAAAAAAUAUUUUCCUUGUGAAGGCAACUGGUUCGAUUAACCUUACAGUCUGCAACAGCAGUCUGUUUUCCUCUUUCUGCAGGCAUUUUUAGAAUGGGUAAUAGCCUGCCUACUUCUGUAGGACUGUCUAAUGAUGCUGCUGUGAAUCAAAUACAGGAGAUUAUUUCAGACAACUGUGUGGUGAUUUUCUCUAAAACAACAUGCAUCUACUGCAAAAUGGCAAAAAAACUUUUUGAGGGUAUGAAUGUAAAUUAUACAGCUGUAGAACUGGACAUGAAUACAAAUGGAAGUCAGUUCCAGGACAUUCUUGAACAGAUGACUGGUGGCAGAACAGUCCCAAGAGUGUUUGUCAAUGGGACUUUUGUUGGAGGUGCUACAGAUACUCAGAGGCUUCAUGAGGAAGGCAAACUGCUUCCAUUAGUUCAUCAAUGUCAAGUGAAAAGAAAACCCUGAACAGCCAUCUAGAUUAGCUUAGUCUUCCUUUGUAUAAACAGAAUUUCAGAGAAGUUAGAAGAUCACAAAGAUACACUGCUUCAGCUGGACUCCAACUUCAAGCCAUGGAUUCCUGAAUCAUAUUCUCUCACAGACUUGGCAAAUUACCUCGUGUCUUUGCCUCAGCUUUACCACAAUCAAAAUGGUAAUAAAAACCACUGUGUAACUUUUGGGGCUCUAAGUGUGAGAUAGUGAUGUAAUUUAAUUGCUAUUACAUCCUAAUCCUAGGCUUCAGAGAAGUAUAGACUGUACAAGAAUCCUGUCUUCUUUUUUUCUGCUAAUUAGUUUGCUUGCAAGCUUUAUUCCAACACUUAGAGGAAGUGGUCAGUUUUAAUUUAAUGGUUCCCUUAAAUUUAAUUCUUCUCUGAAUGUCUAAUUGUAAUCAUGAAUAAAGUUUGAAGUAAACCAGGUUUAUAAUGAUACUUCUGUAUGCAUGUCUGCCUCUUACAUUUCAGCAUGUCAUCACCUAGCUAACAAACUGUAUGCCCAGUUACUACCAAAAAGGGAAUAAAGAUUCUUGCAGCAUUAGAGGGGUAGGUAAUUGCUUUCAUCUCUACUCUGCACUGUGAAGUAUCAGUCUAUAUGUGUCAUUCAGGAAUAUCGUUCUUGGGGAGCCAGGCAGCUCACUGUCACUAAAUUCGGUGGCUACAAACUUUGUUAUGAUCAAUCCAGCACUAUCAUGAAACUUAAGACCAAGUAAAAUUAGUCUAAUAUGCAUAGAGUUUAUUUAGUACUUAAAUUCUACAGUCGGAAUGCAGUUUGCUAGUGAUUUUAACUUGCAGUUAAAUGUCUAAAAGAAAUGUCUAAAAUUCAAUAGUUUCAGUACAAUGUACAUCCAAAGCCAGACCAGGCAAUGCCAAAACUCUUUGUUAUUUCAAGAAAGUUCAUAUGCAAGUAGAAAAUUAUCUCUCAUUCCUCAGUAAAAGAGACCAUUACACUACUAAAGGUGCACAGUUUAGAAUAAAAACAUUAGUCAAUGAAUUUUUACUCACUUCUAAGACUCUUAUUAUUUCCAUUGCUUUCAGCACUGCAUGCACCUAAACUACUUUUUUCCAUUCAAGGCAAGAAAGCAUCACCUUGAUCUUCAACUCCAGGUAACUAGAGUAUAAUUUAAAAUUUGACAGCUUCAUUUUUGUAAUGCGGGUUUCAAAUAAGUUUAACCUGCCUCAUUUGGAGAAAAUUUUUAUUAUAGAGUUGCCUGCACUGUGCAUCUUUAACGUGUAAUGAGCUAAUUAAACACACUGACCUCGUUACAUUUUUAUUAUUGCAGUUUACUGUAUUUUGCUAGAUUCACCACUGCCUUAUUAAAAUUUUGCUUACAAGAUCACACUCAUCAAGGUAAACACACACAAAUGUGCAUCUCUCUCUAAAUGUAUACUUAAUAAAUCAAUUUAUUUUGCAAAUACAAUGGUAACCAAGUAUUCUUUUUCUCUGUGUGGAAUUCUUAGGCCAGUUAUGUUUUCUCACAAAAUUAACAACAAUUUUGUACCUGAAAGAUGGUAAAUCCAUCAUGUAAAAAUAACAAUAUUAUGCAAAGGAAUUUUUCAAUGACCUUUUCAUUUUGUUCCCAGUUUUUUAAAAAAAAAAAGUCCCAAAACAGUAGUCUAAAAUAACCCUUUGAGUUCUAUGUUUCUGAAGUCCCAGGGCAUUGUCACUUAAAGCACUGCUCUAUUCCAACUGUUGAGAAAACAUGCUGUGUGCCUGCAGAUUCAAGUGAGUGCCCAUUUAUUAAAGAUAGUCUUAAGGCACUCAAAGGGUUAAUUAUGCUUCUUUUUUUUCAUCUUAAGGCUCCCCAUCCAAAUAGUUUCUCAUUAAUUUUCUUAGAAAGUAGCAGCAAGAUGUGCCUUCAUUACUGGAUGGCACAAAGCCAUGUUAUGUUUAAGUUAUUUAAACAUGAUAUGGCGGUUAAAGUGUGGUUCUACUCUAGAAAAAAAAAAAAAAAAAAAGACUCAAAAAAUAGUCAUUAAAAAUUUCCAUAUUUUUUGCUUAGCAUUGUCUCCAGGACAAAGCUGUUUCUCUUAAAAAUAAUGCUUGUCCUGGAAUCUGAAUGUUAAGAAGUAUCAGCAAAAAGAUCUUGUACUUAGAUUUAAGAUGUACCUGCUCACUCAGCUUAAAUCCUAAAAGCAGGAGAAGCUGGAAACAAACAUCAAGUUAGUUAACUAAGUGGGUAGAACUGUGAAUGUGCCCAUCUGUUGCUUCUUUAUACAGAAUCAUUUUUAAAGAGUAGAACUGCACUUUUAUACAAGAAUGUAAUAGAAAAGACAUUUUAUUUGUGACUAGUUGUGCUUAACUCUAAGAAGCUGGUAACAUUAGGAAAACAUUGUUAAUGAAGCAUUUGUAAAAGUUCUCAUACCACAUAUAUAUAUGCAAAUAUAUAUAUAUAAACUUAAAUUCAGAAUGCAGAAAUACCAAAACCAUGCUUUACAGUAUCAAAAUUAUAAAUCUAAAUGUAAGCACAGUUAAAGACACCAUACCUUCUGCUGAAAUUAGGUCAUCUUAAAUCUUACUUCUCAGAGCAGCGCAUAUGUAAUACAGUGUCCUAGUGUUUUACCUUUCCCCCAUAACCUUUGCUCAGCAAUGUUGUACACCAUACUGUAUCAUGGUAAGAUGAAAUCUCUACCAUUCCAGCAGUAAAAUCAUUAAAACAGCUUACUUAUACAGCAUAUUUGUCUGUGCUGAACCACUGCAAAUAGCAAAAUAAACCUAUAAACUGAUGGAACACUUAAAAAAAUUUCAAAGCACAAGCAAAACAAAUGAUUCUUUGCUUAGGUUUACUUCUACAUACUAUUAUUUGAAGAUAUUUUGCUAAUCAAUACUGCAGAGAAGCUGUCCAUCCAGAAUUAACAGCAGCUUGAUAAUAUUUAACAGAAUGGAAAGCUCCAACCCACUGAACUAAUUUAGAAAAAAGCUUUAAAUUUGAAAAGCCAAUUUUAAGCAGUUACUUUAUAAAGAUAAAGCCAUUCACAGGCAGAUGUUGGACUUUUGUAAGUAAACAAAGUAUACUUUUGUCAGUCAUGUGUACACAGAGUUUUACCAAAAUCUGAUAGAUAUAGCAGAUUAAAUGUUUUAUAAGAGAUUUAUAUAAUGAAAAGAAAAA